AAUUUUUGUUUAUACUCCUUGUAGGGGAUACGUAACUUUUAAAAAUAUUUCUUCUCUUCAAGUUCAAAUAUUCAGUUUCUUUAUGAAAUAUGGCAUUUGAUGUCAUAAGUGCUUGUUAUGCUUUAUCUGUUGCAGCUGGCGGUAUUGUAGGCUACGUAAAAGCUGGCAGUGUACCUUCUCUUUGUGCUGGAGUGGCCUUUGGCAGUAUUUUGGCAUAUGGAGCUUAUCAAACAUCAAUAGAUGAAAAUAAUUUUUUGUUAUCCUUGGUUGCAUCUACAACAUUAGGUACCAUCAUGGUUAUACGGUUUUACAAUUCUGGAAAAUUCAUGCCUGCUGGUUUAAUUGCAACUCUAAGUGGUCUCAUGGUUAUGAGGUUUAUGUAUAAAAAUGUCCUCGCAUAUAAAUGAAUGGAGGCACACAAAUUUGGUGUGACAAGUCUAUGCUGAAUCAAGAUUUAUAUUCUUUUUCAAUUUUUUGUAUGUUGUAAAAUUUAUUCAUACUUGAAUUUUUUAAAUGUUUAAUUUGUUUCAAAUGUUGUAAGUAUUAAAAAAUAUUUGUAUAUAAAUGAAUGCACUCACAAAUAAAAUGUUCAUUAAUAUUUCAUUGUGCAUUUAGUUAAU